UCACAUUAAUUUAAUGAAUAUACUUGUAAUAGGAGCAACGGGAACGCUUGGUAGACAAAUAGUUUUUAUAGCUAUCGAUAAAGGAUAUAAGGUUAAGUGUUUAGUUAGAGAUUUUACUAAAGCUGCUUUUUUAAAGGAGUGGGGAGCAGAAUUGAUAUAUGGUGAUUUAACAAAAAAAAAUACUCUUCCACAAGCUUUAAAGGGGGUAAGUGUAGUUAUAGAUGCAUCUACAACUAGACUUAAUGAAUUUUAUAAUAUGGAAAAAAUAGAAAAAGAUGCUAAAAUUGCUUUAAUAAAAGCUUCUGAGGUUGCAGGUGUUAAAAAAUUUAUAUUUUUUUCAAUUGUUAAUGCAAAAAAAUAUACAGAUUUACCCCUAUUGAAAUUUAAAUAUGAAAUCGAACAAUAUCUAGAAAGAUAUUCAGAAUUAAAUUAUACAAUCUUUUGUUUAGUUGGAUUUUUUCAAGGAAUAAUUAAUCAGUAUGCUAUACCAAUUUUGGAAAAUCAACCUAUUAUUAUUACUUCUAGAGAAAAUUUUAUAAGUUAUAUUGAUGCAAGAGAUGUGGCAAAAAUUUCUUUAGCUUCAAUUAAUUUACCCAUAUUUAGAAAAAAAAAUUUUAACUUAUGGGGCCCUAAGAGUUGGAGCACAGAAGAAAUUAUUGAGUUAUGUUAUAAAUUUUCUGGACAAAAAGCUAAAACUUUAUAUAUACCCUUUUCUUUAAUCAGAGUUUUUCAUUAUAUUACUUCUUUAUUUGAAUGGACCUGGAAUAUUUCUCAUAUGCUUGCUUUUAUUGAAAUAUUUAUAUUUGCUAAUCAGUUAACUGGCAAUAGUGAUUAUUUAUACAAAAUUUGUAAUAUUAAUGAUUUAUCCAAAUUAGAUAAAUAUCUUAAAGAAUAUUUUGAUAAAGUUCUUAGAAAAAUACAAGAAUUAAAAUAUGAUAAAUUAAGAUUGAAAAAUAAGAUAAAUUAAACCUUAAUUUUAAAUCUUGCAGUUAUAUCCCCUAAAUGAUUAGAUGGUAAACUAUCGUUAGAUAGAUUUAGUAAAUUUGUUUAAUAAUAAAUAAUAAGUUAUUUUUUUUUACUAAUAGAAUUAAAAAUAAAAGUUUGUAAAUAUUUACCAUAAAAAUAUACACUAUAAAUUAUAUAUUUAUAUCAAUAAUAACUUUAUUAAUUCAUUGGAGUAAUAACUAAUGUUAACUCUAAAAAUUUUAGUAUAUACAGUAGUAAUAUUCUUUAUAUCUCUUUUUGUUUUUGGCUUUUUGUCAAAUGAUCCAUCUAGAAAUCCGAAUCGUAGAGACUUAGAAUAAAAUGAAAAGUCCUUAGUUUAAUAAGUAGGGCUUUCAUUUUAUUCUAAGUCUCUACGAUUCGGAUUUCUGAACUGAAAGAAGUUGAAAGACAUUUAUUAUCAUUAAAUAAACUAGUUAUACUUAACUUCAAAUUAUUAUUAGGAAACCAUGUUUUUUCACAUAUUGUACAAUCAUUAUUUUCUAUAAGUAUAUUGAAAGAUUCAGUAUAGUUUUUUCCUGUACAACUUAUAUAAUCGCAUUUUAAGAUUGAACUAUUAUUUAAUAUACGUACAAAUUUAUUUGGGUUAUUUUGAUAAGGAAUUAUUAAAACUGUAGAUAAAUAAUCUUUUGUUAAA